UUGCAAAGCUACCUACACAAGCGUUUAGCAGAGAAUCUGAACAGUGAAGCAGCUCUAGGUACAGUGAACGACGUGGCACAAUGUGUACAAUGGCUGCGCUCUACAUUUCUGUUUGUUCGAGCUGCACGCGAUCCCAGGAAAUACUUAGGCCUACCUCAAACUGCACCUUCUCAUCUUAUUUCAAAGAGGAUUGAAGAACUAUGCGUAAAAGCAAUGAACGGGUUGGCAAGUUCUGGCUUAAUAACAAUGGACGAAGCGAGUUGCAUUGAGUCAACAGAGGCUGGUCGGCUUAUGUCUAUAUAUUAUUUGGAUUUGGAAACUAUGAAACAUAUAAUGAAAAUAAAAGGCAACGAGUCGUUGGAACAGUUAUUAUGGAUAGUGUGCGAGAGUCACGAGCUAUCUGAUAUGCACCUACGUGUAGACGAACGCAGAUGUCUUAACGCACUCAAUAGAAAUAACACCGCUGCAACUAUACGGUUUCCUAUGAAGGGCAAAAUAAAUACAAGGCAGAUGAAGCUUAACUGCUUAAUUCAGGCUGUCCUUGGUUGCCUUCCCAUCCAUGAGCCUUCGUUAAAUCAAGAGGCUAUGAAGAUAAUGAGGAUCGCUGAUCGCAUCUGCAAAUGUUUAGUGGCUUAUGUAACAAGACCGAAUCUUUUAAGGGAGAGUCCACAAAAUUAUCAGGCUGUGUUAAAUUCCAUUAUGUUGAAUAAAUGCAUUAAAGCUCACCUUUGGGAAAAUUCUAUAUACGUGAGCAAGCAACUGAAAGGUAUCGGACCCACGUUCAGUGGUUUACUUGCAACUGCCGGUAAAGUGAACUUCAUGUUAUUAGAAGAAAGUCAUCCUAGAGAUUUGGAAAGGAUAAUGAACAAAGGUCCACCAGCGGGUAAUAUCCUACGGAAGCAAAUUAGUCUGUUGCCGAAAUAUCAGCUUACAAUGACACCUGUUGACGAAAACUGUUUGAAGAUUCAGUUGACAUUAUUAAAUCAGACGUAUCUACUGGAAAAUAUAGAACAUUUAACGGCUGGAGCCGGCCACAAAUGUUAUAUUGUUAUUGGUGAUAGUGAGAACUAUCUCCUGUUACUUACAUCUUUUAAGUAA